AUGGACGAAGGAGACGAGACCAAUCAGCUAGCAUCUUCCACCGGGGAAUCCCCUGCUGCUCCUGUGGAGGCCCCAGACCGUACCAGCCAAGAUGCUCCAGAUCUUGAGGAAGACAUCAACAAGCUCGAAGCUCACAAGCGCGAACGUAGCGAGGAGGCGGAAACUGAGAAGAAACCGAAAAACAAAAAGCUCAAGCGCAGUAAGGGCGCACAACAAGAGGACGCCGAAGUUGCCGCACCGGAAGAAAUUGAAGAGGAAGAUGAACAGACAAGGAAAAGAAGAGAGUUCGAAGAGAAAUUUGCUGCGGUGCUUAGGAAACCUACCAAGCGCAAGAAGAACGACGAGGUGGAUUUGGAGGCGAUGCAGGACGAAGCCAUUGCCCACUUGAAGAAUAUGAUGAAAGAUGCCGCCGAGUUAGACAUUGACUGUGUCAACAACAAGCGUCCGGCCACGCACAAACUGAAACUGUUACCGCAAGUCAAGGAUACACUUUUAAAAUCGAACUUGUACGACUCGAUUCUCGAUAACAACUUAUUGGAGGCCGUGCGAAUUUGGCUGGAACCGCUUCCCGAUGCUUCGCUCCCCGCAUUUGAAAUUCAGAAGACUCUCUUUAGCGAGCUUACAAAGCUUCCAAUCAAAACGAUUCACCUCAGAGAGUCAGGUCUGGGUAAAGUGAUGUUAUUCUACCAAAAGUCAAAGAAAGUGGACCCAUCGCUGAAACGAACGGCCGAAAAGCUCAUUGGUGACUGGACCAGACCAAUCAUGGGCAGAUCAGACAACUACAGAGCGAAGAAAGUGCAGACCGUCACCGUGGAUGUGGACAGAUUGCAAAGCAUGUCUCCAACACCAAAACCCCAGCAACCCGUUCGCAAAUCUCUUUACCAGGAAAGUGCAGACAGAAGAAAGCGUGCUGCGGCACCAGAAGCCCGUACCAGUGUUUAUACUGUGGCGCCUCAAGUGAACUUGAAUUCCAUUGGCCAGCAAAAGAACAGCGCUGCUGCGAUGGGCGUUGGAUCAUCUCUAAGCAGAGACGAGAGAUUCAAGAAACUGAACCAGAGACUCGUGAUGCUGAGCCAGAAGAAAAAGAGCACCAAGAAGGGAGGUGUCUCUAUCGAAGGCCGCGGCUUGGCCAUGUAA